AUGGACAUCUCUGCUUUUGUGUUUUUGAGUUCCAGUUUAUUUCUUCUCUACUUUGUGUUCUCUAAUGCUGUUGACAGCAUUACCCAAUCCCAAUCCCUCAGUGACAGUAAGGGCACAAACCUGGUCUCGAAAGAUGGAGGCUUUGUCUUGGGGUUUUUCAGUACAGGAAAUUCCAAUAACCGUUAUUUGGGAAUUUGGUACAACAAUAUCCCAGUUAGAACGGUUGUUUGGGUAGCAAACCGGGGCAAUCCAAUUAGAGACUCGUCUGGCGUGUUGAUGUUAAACAGUUCAGGUAGUCUUGUUCUUCUCAGCCAGAAUAGGACUGUUGUUUGGUCGGCGAAUUCUACAAAAGAGGCAGGGAGUCCAGUUGUUGAGCUUUUAGAUUCAGGAAAUCUAGUAUUAAGAGAAAAGAAUGAAGAAAACCCAGAAAGUUAUUUGUGGCAAAGCUUUGACUAUCCUUCUGAUACAUGGCUACCAGGGAUGAAACUUGGAUGGGACUUAAGGACCGGUCUGGAAAGGCGCCUAACUGCAUGGAAGAGUCCAGAUGAUCCAUCUCCUGGAGAACUGAGUUGUGGGAUUGUACUUCAUAAUUAUCCUGAGAUAGUCAUGAAGAACGGCUCCAAGAUAUACGGCCGGACUGGCCCGUGGAAUGGCAUUAGGUUCAGUGGUGCACUAUGGUUAAAGGCCAACCCAGUCUAUAACUUCACUUCUGUCUCCAACAAGGACGAGCUAUACUUCAUGUACCACACGAUUAACAAGUCUGUAAUCACAAGAGCAGUUUUGAACCAAACUUCUUACGUGUACGAGCGCUACAUAUGGAUCGAAGCAGAUAAAAAAUGGAUCACGUACUUUUCUGUACCACAAGACAAAUGUGACAGUUACAAUUUAUGUGGUGCUUAUGGAAAUUGUAAAAUUGGUGACUCACCUAUCUGCCAAUGCGUAGAAGGAUUUAAGCCUAAGUCAACAGAAACAUGGAACCCAGACGACUGGGCUAAGGGAUGUGUACGCACUACGGAAUUGAGCUGCGAGGAUAAAGAUAAAAUUGGGUUUGUUAAACUUGUUGGGCUCAAGUUGCCAGAUACCACGUAUUCUUGGGUGAACAAAAGUAUGAGUCUUAGCGAAUGCAGAGUCCAAUGUUUGAACAACUGUUCUUGUAUGGCUUAUUCCAACACUGACAUUAGAGAUGGAGGAAGUGGCUGCGCCAUCUGGUAUGGAGAUCUAAUUGAUAUUAGACAGGUUGCAGAAGGCGGGCAGAAUGCUAGUUGGCAGGAUGUAUAUAUUCGAAUGCCUGCUUCAAAGAAAGUCAACCAGGAAGUCUCUCCAAAAAAGAAAGAAGUCAACCAGGAAGACGUUAUAGACAAGCAAAAGAUGAAGGUGAGAGUUGCAGUUGCCAUUGCCAUUGCCGUAGUUUUUGGGGUGCUCUUGAUUGCCUACUGCAUUUGUAAAAGGAAAAAGUUCAGAGAGAAAAUGAAGAAUAAAGGGAUGAUAGACCAGAAUAUUGAUGGCCAAAAUGAAGACCUGGAGCUCCCAUUCUACAGCCUAGCUACCAUAGCUAUUGCCACUAACAAAUUUUCAAGCAAUAACAAGCUUGGUGAAGGUGGCUUUGGACUCGUAUAUAGGGGUAUUCUAGCAGAUGGACAAGAAAUUGCUGUGAAAAGGCUUUCACAAAAUUCUAGACAAGGAUUGAGUGAGUUUAAAAAUGAAGUUAUGUCGAUUGCCAAAUUACAGCACCGAAAUCUUGUUAGGCUUUUGGGCUAUUGCAUUGAAGGAGAGGAGAAAAUGUUAAUCUAUGAAUACAUGCCCAAUGGAAGCUUGGACUCCUUCAUUUUUGAUCAAAUGAGAUCUAAUAUUUUAGGUUGGGCUAUGCGCUUCAACAUUAUUUGUGGGAUUGCUCGUGGGCUUCUCUAUCUUCAUGAAGACUCUAGAUUGAGGAUUAUUCAUAGAGAUCUAAAAGCAAGUAACAUUUUACUUGAUAGUAAGAUGAACCCAAAAAUUUCUGAUUUCGGUAUGGCUAGGUCCUUUGGUGGAGAUCAAAUUGAAGGAAAUACAAACAGAGUGGUUGGAACUUAUGGUUAUAUGGCACCUGAAUACGCCAUUGAUGGCCUAUUUUCAGUAAAAUCUGAUGUCUUUAGUUUUGGAGUAUUAUUGUUGGAGAUAAUAUGUGGAAAGAAAAAUCGAGGGUCUUUCCAUCCAGAAUAUAGUCUAAACCUUGUUGGACAUGCAUGGAAAUCAUGGAAAGAAGGAAGGACUUUGGAGCUAAUUGAUACUUGCUUAAAGGACUCUUGCAUCCUGUCGGAGUUUGAACGUUGCCUCCAUAUUAGUUUCUUAUGUUUGCAACAACAUUAUGAGGAUCGGCCUAACAUGUCAUUUGUGGUUAUGAUGUUGCAUAGUGAGAGUUCACUACAAGAACCCAAAGAGCCAGGUUUCUAUGUGGGAAAAAAAUCACCUUUGUCAAGCAAGAAUCAAUCAUCCUCAACCAAUGAAAUUACUAUUUCCUUGUUAGAUGGUCGAUAG